CUCCCCCCGGCCUCAUGCUGCCGGAAGCGGAAACAGCGCCGGCGCCGUCCGAGGAGCCCUAACUGCCAACGCGAUGCCGAAGGCGCCCAAGCAGCAGCCGCCGGAGCCCGAGUGGAUCGGGGACGGAGAGAGCACGAGCCCCGCAGACAAAGUGGUGAAGAAAGGAAAGAAGGACAAGAAGACCAAAAAGACGUUCUUUGAAGAACUGGCAGUAGAAGACAAACAGGCUGAGGCGGAGGAGAAGGUACUCAAAGAGAAGGAACAGCAACAGCAGCAGCAGCAGCAACAAAAAAAGAAGCGAGACACACGGAAAGGCAGGAGAAAGAAGGAUGUGGAUGAUGAUGGAGAGGAGAAAGAGCUCAUGGAACGUCUUAAGAAGCUUUCGGUGCCAGCCAGCGAUGAGGAGGAUGAGGUGCCUGCCCCAGUGCCCCGAGGAGGGAGGAAGAGCAAGGGUGGUAAUGUUUUUGCAGCACUGAUUCAAGAUCAGAGUGAGGAGGAGGAGGAGGAGGCGGCAGUAGAAAAACCUCCUCCGAAGCCCGCCAAGCCCGAGAAGAACCGGAUCAAUAAGGCUGUGUCCGAGGAACAGCAGCCUGGGAGCAAAGGCAAGAAGGGUAAAGAAGAGAAGUCCAAGGGGAAGGCCAAGCCUCCAAAUAAAUUUGCUGCUCUGGACCGUGAAGAGGAGGAGGAGGAGGAGGAUGAAGAAGAAAUAACAAAAGAAAAGGACGCAGCCAAGCAAGGAAAGGAGAAGGCUAAGAAGGGAGAGCAGGGUUCAGAGGAAGAAGAGGAGGAAGAGGGGGAGCCUAAGGCCAAUGAUCCUUAUGCUCACCUCAGCAAAAAGGAGAAGAAAAAGCUGAAGAAACAGAUGGAUUAUGAGCGCCAAGUAGCUUCAUUGAAAGCAGCCAAUGCUGCUGAAAAUGACUUUUCUGUGUCACAAGCUGAGGUGUCCUCCCGCCAGGCCAUGCUCGAAAAUGCUUCUGACAUCAAGCUGGAGAAGUUCAGCAUCUCGGCCCACGGCAAAGAAUUGUUCGUCAAUGCAGACCUGUACAUCGUAGCUGGUCGCCGCUAUGGGCUCGUGGGGCCCAACGGCAAGGGCAAGACCACUCUCCUCAAGCACAUUGCCAACCGGGCCCUGAGCAUCCCUCCCAACAUUGAUGUCUUGCUGUGUGAGCAGGAGGUGGUGGCAGACGAGACCCCCGCAGUCCAGGCCGUCCUUCGAGCUGACACCAAGCGGUUGAAGCUGCUGGAAGAGGAGCGUCGACUCCAGGGACAGUUGGAGCAGGGGGAUGACACGGCUGCCGAGAGGCUAGAGAAGGUAUACGAGGAAUUGCGGGCUACUGGGGCCGCAGCUGCGGAGGCCAAGGCCCGGCGAAUCCUGGCUGGUCUGGGCUUCGACCCUGAAAUGCAGAAUCGACCCACGCAAAAAUUUUCAGGAGGCUGGCGCAUGCGUGUCUCCCUUGCCAGAGCACUGUUUAUGGAGCCCACGCUGCUGAUGUUGGACGAGCCCACUAACCACCUGGACCUCAAUGCUGUCAUCUGGCUUAAUAACUACCUCCAGGGCUGGCGGAAGACCUUACUCAUCGUCUCCCAUGACCAGGGCUUCCUGGAUGAUGUCUGCACAGAUAUUAUUCACCUGGACGCGCAGAGGCUUCAUUACUACCGGGGCAACUACAUGACCUUCAAGAAGAUGUACCAGCAGAAGCAGAAGGAGCUGCUCAAGCAGUACGAGAAGCAGGAGAAGAAGCUCAAGGAGCUCAAGGCGGGCGGCAAGUCCACCAAGCAGGCGGAGAAGCAAACGAAGGAGGCUCUGACCAGGAAACAGCAGAAGUGCCGGCGAAAGAACCAGGAUGAGGAGUCGCAGGAAGCCCCCGAGCUCCUGAAGCGCCCCAAGGAGUACACCGUGCGCUUCACGUUCCCCGACCCGCCGCCGCUCAGCCCUCCCGUGCUGGGCCUGCACGGCGUGACCUUUGGCUACGAGGGCCAGAAAGCACUCUUCAAGAACCUGGAUUUUGGCAUCGACAUGGACUCGCGGAUCUGCAUCGUGGGCCCCAACGGCGUGGGGAAGAGCACGCUGCUGCUGCUGCUGACGGGCAAGCUGACACCGACUCGUGGGGAAAUGAGAAAGAACCACCGGCUGAAAAUUGGCUUCUUCAACCAGCAGUACGCAGAGCAGCUGCGCAUGGAGGAGACGCCCACCGAGUACCUGCAGAGGGGCUUCAACCUGCCCUACCAGGACGCUCGGAAAUGUCUGGGCCGCUUUGGCCUCGAGAGUCACGCCCAUACCAUCCAGAUCUGCAAACUUUCUGGUGGGCAGAAAGCACGAGUUGUGUUUGCAGAACUGGCCUGUCGGGAGCCUGACGUCCUCAUCUUGGAUGAGCCCACCAAUAACUUGGACAUUGAGUCUAUCGACGCUCUGGGAGAGGCCAUCAACGAAUACAAGGGGGCCGUGAUCGUUGUCAGCCACGAUGCGCGGCUCAUCACAGAGACCAACUGCCAGCUGUGGGUGGUGGAGGAGCAGAGUGUCAGUCAGAUUGAUGGGGACUUUGAGGACUACAAGCGAGAGGUGUUGGAGGCCUUGGGCGAAGUCAUGGUCAACCGGCCCCGAGAGUGAACGUUCCUCCCUACAAGUUUCCAGAAAGACAAGCUGGUGUGGCCUGGAAGUUCCUUGUCUCCCUCUCUCCACUCGGAAGCUGCCUCAGUUCUGCAGCUGACCCAGCCACUGCUUGGGCACAUGAAGGUGGAACAGGGUCUUGACGUGACCCAGACGCCAGUUUGAUGUUGUGUUUGUGAAAGACAUGAUGUCCACUUCUUCAGAAGACUGAGCUAGCAUCAUCUUUGACAUCUCCUCUAUGUAAAUAGAGGGACUCUGAAUUAUGGGGUGACACUGAGGCACUUAUGUGACUAGUUGUCUUCACACAGCUCAAUCAGAAACCUGCCUCUGGUCCACCUUUGAGCUGUAGGCUGAUGACUCCCUGGGCUCUGAGAAGUGCUCCUUUUCUGGUGGAUCGAACGCUGACCGACUGAUACAGCUCGGAGAUGGAGGAGAGUUACUUCACUACCUGCAGUCUCCUCCAGUGGGGGUCCUGGGGGGCAAGAAUGGAAUGCUGCUCAAUUUGAAUUUCCCUUUACAAGGGGAAGAAAUAAAGGAGUUGCUGCCA